GGAGCAACUGUUCCUGGAUCGAUCCAGUUUUUUUAUCAAUGGAAGACGAGCUGCUAUUCCUCUUCCGUCGUUUCGAGCUGGUGCCUCCUGAACCGCAGUAAUUUUACUUUAAUUUCUAGGUGUCUUAAUUUUCUGGUUCAUGAGCGAUCUGUUACUUCACUAACAUAUCUCCUACACGAUCGCCCCGGAUCUCUUCCUCCCUCUUUCUCAGCUGCAGCCUUCUCGUUUCCCACGUUCCGGGCGCCGUUUCAAAGAAAGACAUCAUCGGCGACGUCGCCGUGAUACUCCCUCCACUCCGACCCUCUGCCGAGCGCGAACUCCCCAAUCGCGCCCGCCUGUGGCUUCUCUGCGGGCCGUCGUGCUCGCCCGUCAUCGCCCUUCCUGCCGACAUCCCUGUCCCGACUCCCCCGCCCAUGUCCUUGUCGCGAUCACCGUCUCCCCACCCCGCGGGUGCAGGAUGGUCCAGUCCGGGCCUCACUCCCGGCAGCGGCGCCUCCACGCCUCACAGCGGCUUCCUGACCCCCAAUCCCCUCGGCGCCAGCGGGAUUUCUUGGGCCGCCGCCAAAGCCAAGAGCGACGAGGUGCGAGGCUACCCGUCCUUCUCGACCCGGAACAGCGGAUUCUUCUCGCGGUCGAGGCGCCAGCUCUCCGCCACACUGCCGCGGUUUCGCCUAGGCUCGGGGUCGCCGAAUGGCUAUGUCGAUAAGGAUGAAUUUGGCCGGGGGCGACAAGCUCCGGCUGCGGGUUGGCGCUUGGGGUUUGGCAGAACGUUGCUGCGGCGGAGAAGAUCGCGCUUACUGGUGAUGCUGAUCUUUUGCUUGCUGGGGUAUCUGUUUUUUGGGGCCUCGAUCAUGAAGAACUACCGACGGUCCCCGCUCGGCGGCGGGCGCAAGUUCGUCAUCAUACUGGAAUCAAAUAUUGAAGGCGGGGUGAUGGAGUGGAAGGGCGCGCGCGAGUGGGCGAUCGAGCGUAAUAGUGUGUGGAACAAGAACCACUACGCCGAGCAAUGGGGCUAUGAGGUGGAGGUGGUCAACAUGUUGGCCAAGAAGCGGUAUUCGCAUGAAUGGCGCGAAAGUUGGGAGAAGGUGGAUCUGAUCCGGGAAGCGAUGCGGAAGCAUCCUGAAGCUGAAUGGUUUUGGUGGCUGGACCUCAAUACCUGGAUCAUGGAAUACUCCUACUCCCUGCAGGAGCAUCUGUUCAAUCGCCUGGACGAGAUCAUCUACCGCGACAUCAAUGCCUACAAUCCGCUGAACAUCAGCCAUCCUCCGACCGAUGACUAUCUCGACGAGGUGUCUCGCUCACCGAACGGCGACGGCGAUGUGUCCUCCGUGCACCUGCUCUUGUCGCAGGACUGCGGUGGCUUCAACCUCGGUUCGUUCUUCAUCCGACGCUCGCUGUGGUCGGAUCGCCUGCUGGAUUCGUGGUGGGACCCGGUCAUGUACGAGCAGAAGCAUAUGGAGUGGGAGCACAAGGAGCAGGAUGCGUUGGAGUACCUGUACGCGACGCAACCGUGGGUUCGCAACCAAGUGGCCUUCCUCCCGCAGCGGUACAUCAACUCGUUUCCGCAGGGCGCCUGUGGGGACGAGAAUGACCCGACUAUCCACUACCAGGAGGAGGAGCGGGACUUUGUGGUCAACAUGGCUGGGUGCCAGUUUGGGCGUGACUGCUGGGGCGAGAUGUACCAGUAUCGCGAGACCAGCAAUCAGCUGAACCGGAGCUGGUGGGAGCGACUGAAGGAUAAGCUGAAUGGGAUAUACGAGAGAUUUUUCCCGGAGGAGCAGCCGGUUGAAUAGCUGGAAUCCCUUGGUGCUUUUAUGUUUGUCC